UUUUUUUUUCUUCUCCCCUUCUUCUUUCCUAUUCCAGAGCUUCUCCUACUCCACAGAGGAAAUCUCAUCCAGGGCCAUGAUACGACUUCCCCAUCAUCUGUGUGCUGCUUGGUUAAGCUAAUGCUGUGAGAGCCCUGGUCCCUUGGGGAGGAAUCAAGCUGACUCCUGGCAUGAGGCCCCUGCCUUGCAGGGGUUGAAAGGGACACUGCUAUGACUUCUCUGGAUGACCCUGGGGAAGUGAGGGAGGGCUUCCUUUGCCCUUUGUGCCUGAAGAACCUGCAGUCUUUCUAUCAGCUUCAGUCACAUUAUGAGGAAGAGCACUCUGGGGAAGACCGUGAUGUCAAAGGGCAAAUUAAAAGUCUUGUCCAGAAGGCUAAGAAAGCCAAGAACAGGCUGUUGAAACGAGAAGGAGAUGACCGAGCAGAAUCAGGGACGCAAGGAUAUGAGUCUUUCAGUUAUGGAGGGGUUGACCCUUACAUGUGGGAACCCCAGGAAUUAGGUGCUGUGAGAAGCCAUCUUUCUGACUUCAAAAAACACCGAGCUGCCAGAAUUGACCACUAUGUUGUUGAAGUCAAUAAAUUAAUAAUCAGGUUAGAGAAGCUCACUGCCUUUGAUAGAACGAAUACUGAGUCCGCUAAGAUACGAGCAAUAGAAAAGUCCGUGGUGCCUUGGGUCAACGACCAGGAUGUCCCUUUCUGUCCAGACUGUGGGAAUAAGUUCAGCAUCCGUAACCGCCGCCACCACUGCCGCCUCUGUGGGUCUAUUAUGUGCAAGAAGUGUAUGGAGCUCAUCAGCCUCCCUUUUGCAAACAAGCUCACCAGUGCCAGCAAAGAUUCCCUGAGCACCCACACCAGCCCCAGCCAGUCACCCAACAGUGUCCAUGGCUCCCGCCGGGGCAGUAUCAGCAGCGUGAGCAGUGUAAGCUCCGUCCUGGAUGAAAAGGAUGACGACCGGAUCCGCUGCUGUACACACUGCAAGGACACGCUGCUCAAGAGAGAGCAGCAGAUUGAUGAGAAGGAGCACACCCCCGACAUUGUAAAGCUCUAUGAGAAAUUACGACUUUGCAUGGAGAAAGUUGACCAAAAAGCUCCUGAAUACAUCAGGAUGGCAGCAUCAUUAAAUGCUGGGGAGACAACCUACAAUCUGGAACAUGCCGGUGACCUUCGAGUGGAAGUGCAGAAAGUGUACGAACUCAUAGAUGCUUUAAGUAAGAAGAUCUUAACCUUAGGCUUGAACCAGGACCCACCACCACAUCCAAACACUUUGCGGCUGCAGAGGAUGAUCAGAUACUCAGCUACACUUUUUGUGCAGGAAAAGCUGCUGGGUUUGAUGUCACUGCCAACCAGAGAACAGUUUGAGGAACUGAAAAAGAAAAGACAACAGGAAAUGGAGAGGAAGAAGAUCCUGGAGAGACAGGUUGACCUGGAAUCCCAGCGACGGUUUGAGGAAAGGCGGAGUGACCUGGCGUCUCGUGCGGCCAAUGGGGAGGUGGUGUCCCUUCGAGGGGGACCUGCCCCCCUGAGAAAGGCUGAGGGCUGGCUCCCACUGUCAGGAAGUCAGGGGCAGAGUGAAGACUCAGACCCCCUUCUCCAGCAGAUCCACAACAUCACAUCCUUUAUUAGACAGGCCAAGGCUGCCGGGCGGACGGACGAAGUACGCACGCUGCAGGAGAACCUGCGGCAGCUGCAGGAUGAGUAUGACCAGCAGCAGACAGAGAAGGCCAUUGAGCUGUCCCGGAGGCAGGCCGAGGAGGAGGACCUGCAGCGGGAACAGCUGCAGAGGCUUUGUGAACGGGAGUGGGAACGAGAGAGGGAGCAGUUCCGGGCUGCGUCUCUACAUACACGGACUCGGUCCCUAGACUUCCGAGAAAUCAGGCCUUUUCAGCUGGAGCCUAGUAGGGAGCCUCCUACCCACCUUGCUUAUGCUUUGGAUCUAGGCUCUUCCUCGGUUCAGAGCAGUGCAGCCUUGGAGACCCCUUCGCCCAUCUCAACUCUCGAGCCAGCCAGAGUGUGGUCUGGGCCUCCAGCCAUCGGGCAGGAAUUCUUCCCCCAGAGCAUCAUGUCACAGCAAAAUGAGCUGGCCUCCCUGAACCCCUUCGAUGAGGAAGACCCCUCCAGCCCCACAGCAGAGGGCACUACCAGCCCUCCUGCUACAGAGCCUUCCUUUGGCCCUUCAGCCUACAUCCUCAAAGAAUACAAUCCUUUUGAGGAGGAAGAAGAGGAGGGUGUAGCAGGGAAUCCUUUCACUAACCCAGAUGGUCCAGCACCCAACCCCUUCGAUGAGGAAGAUGAGGAUCCCCACCAGAGGCCCUCAAGCCCUCCUGUUCCUGGCAACCCCUUUGAGGAAGGCACCUGUACCAACCCCUUUGAGAUGGACAGUGACAGUGAGCCCGAGGGCGAGGAGCCCAUAGAGGAGGAGCUCCUCCUCCAGCAGAUUGAUAACAUCAAGGCGUACAUUUUUGAUGCCAAGCAGUGUGGCCGCCUGGAUGAGGUGGAAGUGCUGACGGAGAACCUGAGGGAGCUGAAGCGCACCCUGGCCAAACAGAAAGGGGGCACCCACUGACCCCACUGACUGUGGGCAGGGCGUCUUUGGGCCCAGGGCAGGAGCCUGUGGAGCAGGACGGCGCUGGUGGGCCCAAUGAGGGAAGAAGAAGGGUGACACGUAGGACACACAGAGGUUAGGGCAGGGAAUCUGCUGCUUCGUGCUGUGCACUUGGAGGUUUUUUCCACUACAGUUGGAUAAUAAAGUAAAAACCAGAACAGGAAGAAUCAGCAUUCAUGUGCUGUAUUUCCUGUUUUUUUUUCUAAUUUUUUUUUUUUUUUU